AUGGGCACUAGUCUCGGUCCCUUCGUCAGUGCACGUUCUUCAUGUUUCGACACUUCUGUGCAGGACGCCAAUAGUAAGUACCGUAGCGAAGCGCGUGAAUUACUCAACAAGUGGACGGGUCGGGAGAGGAACGGCGUAUACCGCGUGCUGAACGACCAUGGCGCCAACGACUCGCCGAAUCGUCGCGAAUUCGCGCGUCGCUCGGCGACGACAAUCGAUCGAGAGAGGGUUCGGCAUAUGGUUCCAGGGCAUCCGGCUCAACUUCGUACAGUUUACGCACACCGUUGCAUACGCAAUCUUGCAGGAGAACGAAUGCAGUUAACCCACCGCACACGAAGCUGUUCACCGGUUCGUCCUCGUCAUGUGGUGUUCAAGUCGUUGACGUCAACGGAAGUUCCUUCGCUUUUGAACUCGAAGCUGCCAGAUGUGUUGAGUGAUAGUCAGAAAUCAUCGCGGGUCGAAAAGUCACAUGAGUCGCGCACGGGUUUAUCAAUGCUAUCUAAAAGUUCUUCAAUUCGAGAAAACAGCUGUAAGCGAGAUUGGGAGCGACCAAGGAAGAAGACCAGUCAAGAAAGAACCGCUCGACGGAACUCACGGCAAGUGGGUCUUACACCUUCGAGUUCGUCGAGCGACGAGGCAUUCGACCCAUCACUGACCAGAGCUGAUGUGAGGCGACGACGACGAAGACGCAAGGACUCUACAAAAUCAGUAGCCCUGCUCUCAGCUGGUGCUUCUGAUACCGGAAUGUUGGCUGCAUGUUUAACCUUGAGUGAUUUAUUUCAGUCUAGUGAUAGCGGCAGUGUAGACGAUUUGAUAGGCAGUGCUGAGGAGACGGACGCGUCAAGCAUUCUUGACGACGAAUCUCACUACAGUGCAAUUGUUCACUUCAAACCAAGCAAGGCAAACACUAAACGAAUCGCAAUAGCACCACCAGUACCUGGGCUCUGGAAAGUGGCUAACGCAGAUGAAUUUAUCAGCAAGAAUAAGCAACUUGUCAGGUCACCUUGUGAAGAGGCGACAACUGUUGUAUGGACGGUCCGUCCACACGAUACUGUACGCAGGAUAUUGAUACUUCCUAAACGAUGUGUGGCUUUAAAUUACGUGAAUAAGAAGGACAAAGCAAAGGCUGUUCUUCCGGGAAAAAGUGGCAUCAAAAAGGAUGAAAAAAAGGAGAUUAGCGAAGUCGUUAAAGAUCAGGAGUCAAAUAAGAAGACCUCUAGGAUUAAACGGCUUGUUGCUAUGAAAUCAAAACCGACUGAGCAGGAAAGUGAAAAGAAAACAGAAGUUAUCGAGGAGAACAAGAAGUGUACUAAAGAAUUGGUUCCUUCGAAAAUUAAAGAUGAAGUCGACCAGGUAAACAAGUCGCAAUCCAGAGAAGUAAAGGUUGUUGGGGAGACUGAGCAAAAAACACCACAGCUGAAAACAGUGAAACCCAAAGCCAAACAAGAGCAGCCGAAAGAGGAAAGUAUUGAGAUGUUGGUUAAUUUGAGAUCGAAAGCUGUACAUUCGCAAGAAGUCACAACAGUCCGUGAACUACCUCUCAGGUUAUCGUUCAAGCACCCACAGAAAAUUCGAGAAAAAAUGCCGUUGGUUACAGAAUCCGUCACGGAGACAUUCACCAAAAAGCCUGCAAAGCUCACCUUUGCGAAGACGCUUAUGGAAAAGAGGCCAACACGCAUUGGUAGUGUGGCGACCACUAAGAAUUGUGCGAGCAGCGACAAUGAGCGAACUCAUCCGCUACCAAACACGACACCGUCGUCGUCACAACAUCUCGCUGACUCUGUUGUGCUCGACGACGCGAAGAGCGACGAAAAAAGACACGAAUGGUCUUCUAUCAGUAGACUCGCUAUUGAAGAGGAGUAUAACAGUGCAGGCUGUCUGGUGCUACCCGAUAAAUCACUACUCGAGGAACACGUAAGCAGCAACCGCGGUCGACUCGGAGACGAGGAGCCAACCUUGGUGGGGAAUGAGCCGCGCCGUGACUCACCAGCAAACUCCAUAGCUAACGAGAUCUUGCCAGCUUGUGCAAUACGAGUUUUCGAGUGCAGUCCGCACGGAGUGCCAGUGAUCACCGCACCAUCGAGAAGCGUUUCGCAACUGAGCGGCGGGUGCAGUGCUGAACACACCACCACACCAACCGUCAUGCUCGACACUCUCUCAUCGUACAACAAUUACAACUCAACCCCUCAGGGUUUCUUACGUGACGUGAACGCACGAAUCCAAAUCACUAAGCCGAUCGCAUUUGACACACCAAAGACACCCUUCGAGGAACGAGUUCAGCAACAAGCAAAUGCCAUACGAAAAGCAGCGGCCACCGCCGCGGCCACUACGACCAACGACGGACCGGUAGGUUGCUUUGGAAUCGCAAUAGGAAUGACGGCGUUGUCAACGUCAUUUACUGCCGCGAUUGCGGCUAAUGCAAAUCAUGGACGGCACGAGCGCUACGCGGCUCAUAUUCCAGUAAAUAGAGGAGAUAACAGCGGGCAACAGAACGUCGUUACUCAGGAUAACCAACAGAGUGACGCACUGGAUAACGCGACGAAACAACUCGAUCAUGUCAUCGAUCAGGCGCGACAUAAACACAGCCAACAUCGUAGCAAAUUCAAGGAAGCUAUCGACUACCUCGAUCAGAUCUUUGAGGAUCUCAAGAAAGAGUGUGAUCCGGAUGACAGCGAUUUUUGCGAGUUGAUCGACGAUUUGGGUGAUAAGAGGAGAACAAUUCGUAUUGCUGUAGGUGAUGACAAGGGCAACGCUAAAGAGCGCAAUCAGCCUAUUACGCAACCGCAGGCUGUAUCGCAGGCGGACGUCAUUCGACGUCCUUCCAUUAUUCAUCCCAGCAAUACAAAAACGACAACAAAUUCCUCUAACCGAAUUACAAGACAGACGAAACAGGAUCAGCAAUCUCCUGCUACUGAAGUCAUCGUUCCUCCAUCUGUCGUUGUAGAAUCCGAACCAUCGGAGUUCAACGUCGCUGAGACUAUCGUUUUGCCGAAGAAGACAGACAAACUGGAUUUCACACGAAGAUGGCUGAGAGACGACUUAUCGUCACUGGCUCAUCAGCCGCCUACACCAAUCAUGCUCAUGCCGGAGCCGUGUUCGUAUUACAACGAUGUCGAUGAACACUCACUAGGCAGUUGCUCGGCCGAAGUUGCUGCCAUCAACUUGAACGGACGAAGAGAGAAGCCGAAGAAAAGCAAUGGGUAUGCGACGUUCAAUUCUUUGCUCGCGUUCACUUUGAGAAAUGUUCACUGGAAAUUCGUCUAG